AUGACGGAGGAUGUGUUCUAUGGAGGCCCCACUGCAGAGGACAGGAUUUGCGAGGCAUUAGUCGACAACCUUCUCUUGCUCUAUCCCAAUGGUCCUCCCGCAGAAGAUGCCCAGAUUGGAAAAUGGAUGGAGGAAAUUGUCCAAUUCGAGGGGAUCAGCUUGCAGAUCCAGCAGGAACUAAGAGCCAAGGAUGACACUGAUCGUGAUAACGACACUGCCGUGAGGAGUAUUUAUGAGAAAGGAUUGGAACGAGCCGUCACAGAGUGGAAGGCACGAGCCGCCGAGAACCAGAAACAACCAGAGCCUGCUCCAACUGAUGUGGAUGCCAAGCAAAAAGUACAAAAAAAGUCCUUUUCGCUGUUUGAUCAAAUGGACCAAGGUCUAUGGGAGCACCUCGAAUCACAAUAG